AUGAGGAACGCCCGAUGGGGCACUACAGGAGUAUCCGGGAGUAGAGGCCGCUACGAAAGGUUUAACUCCAUGCAGCUUCCAUCUCACCGAGGGCGUCCAGCCAGGCUAGACGCUGCGAAAGGCUCGAGCCCUCAGACCAUCUUUAGACCCUCGGACCGGGCUCUUGCGACUUUCAACCAGGGCCAGGCGUGGGACUACAUGGAGAAAUUCGCGAACAUCCCACGGUACGAUGAAAAGCUUCGCCCUGAUGGGCUCUUGAAUCUCUCGGGUGCAAUGAACUGCCUCAUGAACGACUGGAUGCAGGACUAUGUGGCCAAGAGCCAACCGGUGGACGACGUAUACCCGAGCCUGACGUAUGGGUCGAGAUACGGAUCAAAAGACUUGCUUGCGGCGGCUGCUUCAUUCUUUAACCGCUUCUUUAACCCUUAUCACACAGUCUUGAGUGAUCAGGUCCUGGCAUGCAAUGGGGUGACGUCCUUGUUGGCCCUUUGUACUUGGCUUAUCUGCGAUCCUGGUGACGCAGUCCUUUAUCCCACGCCAAAUUUCUACAUGCUCGACUACGAUCUUGGCUCGCGGGGGGAAGUCGUCACCGUACCGGUAUCUACGACCUCUAUUACCGACCCCUUUUCUGAAGCCGGCGCCAGCCAGUUGGUGCAGCUGUUUGAUGCAGCCGCCGACAAAGUCGAAAGCGAACAGGGUCGCCGCUGCCGGAUACUUUGUAUCUGUAACCCUGCAAACCCCCAGGGCAGGUGUUACUCACCUCGGAGUCUGCAGGUCCUGGCAGCGUGGUGCACUCGGCGCGGCGUGCACCUGGUGGUGGAUGAGGUGUACGCAAUGUCCGAUUUCCAUGCUGGUUUGCCGCAUCGAGGUGAUCGAUACGACAGCUUUUCGUCCGUUCUAAGCAUUCCCUCCGAAGCUCCGCCGGAGAACCUACAUUGUCUCUACAGUAUGAGCAAGGACUUUGACAUGGGAGGCCUGCGCCUAUCCUUCUUGGUCACUAGAAAUGCACUGCUACGGCAGGCUGCCACUCGUGUCACCUGGUUCACUUGGAUUUCUGCUUUUCCAGCUGCGUUCAUGACACGGUUCCUCCAACAACUCGACGGUGUAGAAGACUAUCUAAGCCUGUAUCGCACGCGCCUCGCAACGGCGUAUCACAAGGCAGCCACAGCACUCUCAACGGCAAGCAUCCCUUUCGAACCUGCUAGUGCUGGUCUCUUCAUCUUUGUAGACUUGAGCCGCUGGUUAAGGUUCUUUCCACAGUUUGGUCCACAGACACCCGAGCUUGAGUUGUGCGAGUGGCUUAUCCAAGGCGGUGUCUUUCUGAACCCCGGUCAGUUUGCAGGCUCAGACAAAGAGGGAUGGUUCCGGCUGGUCUUCACCGAAUACCCUGAUGUGAUGGAGCUUGCUGUGGAGCGUGUUCGUAUAGCACUUAGGAAGCUGGAAGACAAGAAGAGGCUUCACUCGACUUGGCAAGCAUCAUGGGUGUUGAUGCAAUAA